UAUGGCUCCUGCAAUUUUAUGUGCUUCCACCUUUAAAAGCCACACGACACACGACUCACACCUCACACGUGUUGACGCAUAUGUGCAUUUUUGAUAUUUAUAUGAUAAGAUAUGACGAAGAAUAUGAUAUGAUGACAGAAUGAUAAUUUAUAGAUUUCAUCAUGAUCGUGAGGUGUACUUGCCGUAACGCGAAACUAAUUCUUACGAGUGUUCCGUCAGAAAGAUUAUAUCCGCAUUUGUCGAGCCUCGCAUUCGUUCCAAAAUGUGAUCCAGCGUCAACGGAGGAUGUGACGAGAUUGAAGGAAUUCGUCGAUAAACAUGAACGUCUAUGCGUGUUAACCGGGGCAGGAAUAUCCACGGAAAGCGGUAUCCCUGAUUACAGAUCGGCCGAGGUUGGUCUUUACGCCCGGAGCACGCACAAACCGAUGCUUUAUAAGGAAUUUUGCAACAGUGAGACAGCCAGAAGAAGAUACUGGGCCAGAAAUUAUAUCGGAUGGCCAAGAUUUUCCUCUCUCAAACCAAACAUUACGCACGAGAUACUGAAACACUCGGAACAUGUCGGAAAGGUAGGAUGUAUUGUUACACAGAAUGUAGAUAAUUUACAUUCAAAGGCGGGAAGUAAGGAGGUGAUCGAGUUACAUGGAACAGCAUUCAGAGUCAUGUGUCUUACGUGCGAUCAUAAAAUAUGUAGAUACGAGCUUCAAAGAACGUUUCAAAAACUCAAUCCAUCUAUGAUUGCAACUGCCCAGAUGAUAAGGCCCGACGGUGACGUAGACGUGUCACAGGCCCAAGUAGAAGGCUUCAAUGUUCCUGCUUGCGAUAACUGUGGUGGCAUUUUAAAACCCGAUAUUGUAUUUUUUGGGGACAAUGUGCCACAUGAUACGGUGCAAAACGUAAAGGCUAAUAUAGAGAGUUUAGAUGCCUUGCUAAUUCUGGGAACAUCUCUCAGCACAUUCUCCGCGUACAGGGUUGUCCUGCAAGCGCGUGAUGCCAAGAAGCCGAUAGCAAUAGUAAACAUUGGCGAAACUAGAGCCGAUAAAUCUGUAGAUUUGAGAAUAAAAGGAAGAUGCGGUGAUGUUCUACCAAAGAUUUGGCAGCUGAAUGCUUCGAAGGAAAAAAGUUGAUGACAAAUAUGAAUAGUUUUCAAAUUAUAUACAUGCUAUAGUUUAUUCAACUAUUAAAUGUUAUCAGAAAUAUUUGUAUCAUAGUGUAUUAUAACGGUUCUUUAUUUAUGGAUAUAAUACUCAAUCUGAAAAAAGUACAAUAAAUAAAAAAACGAAUGGAAAUUCUUGAAAAACGUG